CCUCCCUGGCUUGGCAGGUGAUGCAGCACGUGUGGGUGGAGGGCAACUCGCCCACCAAGUGCGACCGCUGCCACAAGAGCAUCAAGUGCUACCAGGGCCUGACCGGCCUGCACUGCGUGUGGUGCCAGAUCACACUCCACAAUAAGUGUGCGUCCCAUGUGAAGCCAGAGUGUGACGGGGGGCAGCUGAAGGACCACACCCUGCUCCCCUCCUGCAUCUGUCCUGUGGUGCUGGAACGGCAGUCCAAUGCAAAGCGCAGCGAGGGCGAGUCUCCCUCCAGCACCAGCCCAGAUGACAACACCCAGAGCUUCAAGUUCACCGGAGACGGCCAGGGGCUGCAGAUCACCCCUCUGCCGGGAACACACCCCCUCCUGGUCCUCGUGAACCCCAAGAGUGGCGGGCGGCAGGGCGAGAGGGUGCUCAGGAAGUUCCAGUACCUGCUGAACCCCAGGCAGGUGUACAGUCUGGACCGGGGAGGACCCAUGGCCGGGUGAGUCUUCCCACGCUCCUCUGCCCUGUACUGCCCUGGGACAUGGCAUUCAAAUCCACCUUCCUGUCAUCCGGGGACAUACAAGCGCAGUAGAAACAGCACCAGCCGCUUGCAAUGCUGCGAAUGUUAAAGAACUGUUACUGGAAAACAAACGAUCAUCUCCCAUCAUUGGGGGAUUAUUACAAAGUGCAGAAUAUGGGUAAU